AUGGUGGCUGCUGCAGGAAUAGAAGUGGGGCAGGACACUUGGUUUUGGGCUGGUAAUAUGGAAGCAGAAUAUACCACGAAUGGGCUUACAAAGAUGCUAAUGCAGCGGACGGUGUACGAAGAAUGUUUUGUCUUAAAGUGGGUUUCGUGGGUUCCAACGAAGUGUUUGAUUAUGGCGUGGAGAGCGGAAAUGGAUAGGAUCCCAACAAAAGCGGCGUUAGUCAAGCGAAAUAUUGGCAUUACGGAUACGAGAUGUCCCUGGUGUAAUUGUUAUGAAGAAACGGUGAUGCAUGUUUUGUCCGAUUGUUUAAUCGCUACCAAUGUUUGGGAUGGGAUUGGUAGAUGGUGCCGCUUAGACCCGAUUUAUGCGUUCGAGAUUAAGGAUCUGUUAGAAGUGUACAAGUCGAUGAACGGAAGCAAGAAGGGGAAAAAGAUUGUGCACGGGAUUGUCAUUGUCACCAUGUGGUCGAUGUGGAAAGCGAGGAAUGAUUCGAUUUUUAAUGGGAAGCGGCCUAACGUGGAAAACAUCGUGGCGAGUGUAAAGUCUAUCACGUUUUUAUGGGCUAAAAGUAGAUUAAAAUGGUUUGGGCAUGUGAAGAGAAGGCAGACUAUGGCGCCAGUUAGAGCAGUGGAAAACUUUAUUGUGGAGGGGAGAAGAAGUAGAGGCAGGCCUAAAUUAACUUGGGAGGAGCGGAUUAGAUAUGAUUUGAUAGAGUUGCAUCUCUCUGAGGACAUGAUCCGGGAUAGGGAUUCGUGGAGACCUAGGAUAAAGGUAAAGGACUAUUAA